AAUCACUGUUUAUAUUUACAGGAUGAAAUCUUGAAGGCUGCCGUUAUGAAAUAUGGAAAAAAUCAGUGGUCUCGUAUAGCCUCUCUCUUGCAUCGAAAAUCUGCCAUACAGUGCAAAGCGAGAUGGUACGAAUGGUUGGAUCCGAGCAUUAAAAAAACUGAAUGGACAAGGGAAGAAGAAGAAAAAUUACUGCAUUUGGCUAAAUUAAUGCCUACCCAAUGGAGGACUAUUGCACCAAUUAUUGGUAGAACUGCAGCUCAGUGCUUGGAACAUUACGAAUAUUUAUUAGAUCAAGCUCAAAGACGAGAGGAAGAUGGCGACGUUGCAGAUGAUCCUCGUAAAUUGAAACCAGGAGAAAUAGAUCCAAAUCCAGAGACAAAACCUGCAAGACCUGAUCCUAAAGAUAUGGAUGAAGAUGAAUUGGAGAUGUUGUCUGAAGCAAGAGCAAGACUGGCUAAUACUCAAGGUAAGAAGGCCAAACGGAAAGCUAGAGAAAAACAAUUAGAAGAAGCAAGACGUUUGGCGGCACUUCAGAAACGUAGAGAAUUAAGAAUGGCUGGAAUCGAAUUGGCUCCUCGAAAAAAGAAGAAGCGAGGCGUGGAUUACAAUGCAGAAAUACCAUUUCAGAAGAAACCAGCUCCCGGGCUCUACGAUACUUCUGAAGAAGUGUACGAACCCAUUGAACCAGAUUAUAAAAAAUUAAGGCAGCAGCAAUUAGAUGGAGAACUUAGAAGUGAAAGAGAAGAAAAAGAGAGAAAGAAAGAUAAACAGAAGCUUAAACAAAGAAAAGAGAAUGAUAUGCCUACAGCAAUGUUAUCUGGUAAUGUAGAACCAUCUAGAAAAAGAAGUAAAUUGGUUUUACCUACACCUCAGAUAUCUGAUGCUGAGUUGGAACAGGUGGUAAAAUUAGGUAAAGCUAGUGAAAAUACCCGAGAAGUUGUGGAAGAAACUGGUAAUAAAGCUUCAAAUGCAUUGUUAGCAGAUUAUAACUUAACUCCCAGCACGGCCAAUAUCAGGACUCCUCGGACGCCUCUUAGUAGUCGUGAUACUAUUUUAAUGGAAGCUCAAAAUAUUAUGGCUCUAACAAAUGUAGAUACUCCAUUAAAAGGAGAAUUAAAUACACCCCUGCAUGAUUCCGAUUUUAGCAGUGUCACACCUAAGAGAGAUACAAUUCAGACUCCAAAUAAUUUGAUUACUACGCCAUUUCGAACUCCUUCACAAAGCUCAAUAUCUGACGGUAUUACUCCAGGACAGGAUAAAUCAUUUGGUUCUACUACAGCUAAUAGAAAUCAACUGCCUGGUUCUACCCCUUUGCGUGAUAAGUUAAAUAUUAAUCCAGAAGAAAAUCUAAAUUUUGAUGAAGUUCAAAAUGCAAAAAAUGCAAUGCGAGAAAGCAAGGUGGCUCUACGAGAAGCUUUAUCGUUGCUUCCAGUUCCUAGAAAUGACUACGAGAUAGUUCUUCCAGAAGAAGAACCUGCCACGUGGGAGGAAGAAACCAUACCGGAUACUUUAGAUGAUCAAGCGGACAUAGAUGCAAAAUUAGAAGCUGAAAGAGAAGCUCAGUUGGCAUUAGAAAGAAAAAGGCAAUCGCAGGCAGUACAGAGGAGUCUUCCGAGACCGCUCGACAUAAAUACAACCAUUUUGAGACCAUUAAAUUCCGAUCCGCCGCUGACCGAACUACAAAAGGCAGAAGAACUUAUCAAACAAGAAAUGAUUGUCAUGUUACAUCACGAUGCCGUUCAUCAUGCAACGGAACAACAACUGGGAUUACAACAAACAAAAAAAGGAAAACAACCUCACUCAAUGGUCGUAAAUCAAGCACAACAUUUGGCUUAUUUAGAAAAACAUCCUUACGAGAAAUUUCAUGAUUAUGACAUUGAAAUGGCCAGGGAGAAAUUAUUAGAAGAAAUGGAAUUUGUGAAGAAAGGCAUGGGCCACGGUGAACUGAGUCUCGAAGCUUACAGUCAAGUUUGGGAAGAAUGUUUGGCACAAGUGUUAUUUCUUCCUUCUCAGAACAGAUAUACAAGAGCUAAUUUAGCAAGCAAAAAGGAUCGUAUAGAGUCUCUGGAGAAAAGAUUAGAGCAAAAUCGAGGUCACAUGACAAAAGAAGCUAAGAAAGCUGCCAAAGUAGAGAAAAAACUUCGAAUUCUCACCGGAGGUUAUCAGUCGAGAGGACAAGCAUUGAUAAAACAACUGCAGGACCUGGCAGAACAGGUGGAACAGACUCAUCUCGAACUAAAAACUUUCGAGACUCUGCGGGACCACGAAGGAUUGGCCAUUCCCAAAAGAGUAGAGUCAUUGACCGAAGACGUGAACAGACAGAUAGACCGAGAGAGAAUGUUGCAAAAAAGAUACGAGGACCUUCUUCAAAAGAGAGAAGAACUGCAGCGCUCUUCCAAAGGGUCAUCGAAGUAAAACGCUUAACGGAACAGACAGUUCUUUCCAGGAAGCUCUUUGUGUACAGAUGUGGACUUAUUUUAAUAGACGCGUAAACAAAUCCUUGGUUUAUUAAAAGCCUUUCUUGGAUUCUCGUUUAGUUCAGGUAUACGUUUACUGUAAAUUUACUUUCAUAAGUGAAUGUAUUAUAUAUAUUUGUUUUGUUUAAAUAUAAUCAUUUGGAUUAAA